AUCCGCGGCCUUUCAACCUCUGCCGCCUCUCGCGCUAUUAUUCGUCCUCCAACUCAGUAUUUUGGUGUCGAUGGUCGCUAUGCCACUGCUCUCUACUCUGCAGCCAUGAAGUCGAAGAACCUUGAAACUGUUGAGAAAGACCUCCUCAAACUCAAAAGCGUUCUCGCCACUGACGCCAAGCUGAGUAACUUCUGUCAUGAUCCAACCAUCAAACGACAUGUCAAAGUUCAAGCAUUUACCAAUGUUCUAAACAAGCUCGGGCUCUCCAAACAAGCUUCGAACAUGCUCCAAAUACUGGCGCAAAAUGGCCGCCUUAACCUCCUUUCAAAGGUCUUGGCUACUUUCGAGCAAAUCAUGGUUUCCCAUCGCGGUGAAGUGUCCUGUGUUGUGACCACUGCUAAAGCCUUGGAUCGUGCUACAGAACGCGAGCUGACCAGCGCUUUAGAGCAAUUUCUUGAACCUGGUCAGAAACUACACCUCUCCCUUAAGGUGGAUCCAGAGCUCAUUGGGGGCGUGGUGGUUAGUAUUGGCGACAAGUAUGUCGAUAUGUCGAUUUUGCGGAAACUUCGUUUUUACAGAGCGAUUUUAGAACAACCCGUGUAG